AUGCACAUAAUUCCAACCGGCAUUGACGGUCAUCCCCCAAUACAAAUCGAGAGUGCACCGUUUGCACUCGUAAACCCUGCAUUAUUCGUUUCAUACCUAUCCAAGGGCCUUAUAGGAUACGUAGCCACUGCAAAGGGAGUUGGUGGAAUACCACAUCCAGUAGUGGCUCUUUCAGAUGUCAACUUUUUAGAAGGCAUGGAAGGAGGUGUGGUGUUUUUGGAUAGAAAUAAUAGCUUAGACUCGGGCAAAAAAAUUCUUGGAAUGGUACUGGGAUCGUUGAAGAAGAAUAGUGGCGAAGGUAAAAUGACCAUGAUUGUCCCAUGGGAUCUGAUAGCUAGUGCUCUUGGUGACUUGGUCAAAGGCAUUCAGGAGUUUGUCUCGCCUAAUUUUGCGGAUUUGAACGAACAGAAUCUCAACGAACUGCAUGCUCCAAUAUUGUCCUUGAAGACUUCCCCCACCAUCUCUUCAGAUAUAUCGGCUGCGGCACCUGGAUCCUGUUCAAAGGGUGAAACUCUAUUCAGCGGUGUCGCGGCGAUUGUUGUUACUCUGGGAAAGCUUCGAAUGUGGGGUUCCGGAGUACUAAUAGAUCCAGUCACAAUUGUGACUAAUCUCCAUGUCCUCGGAGUCAAUCCUAAAACCAUCACUGCUUGGUUUUCUAAUUCGGAGUCAGUAGACGUAAAGGUGGUUGGCGCGCCGAUUGAUGGUGUUGAUAUGGUUUUUCUCAGAAUGGAGAAACCUACUGCCCACCGACCACUGGUUAUUAGCACAGACACACCACGAGGAGGUGAUAUUGUCGAAUCAAUAGGAUACGGUAUAUACUACCCGCACAGUAUGGGUGGUACAUUUCAGCCCAUCAGAUCUCGAGGCAUUAUUUGUCGAGUUUUGCAUAUGCCAUUGAAUAAUGAGUAUCCAUCUAACGUAAGCAAAAGCGUCCCUGCGAUGAUUGUGUCAUCUGCUGGAUGCUGGAAUGGCUCAUCUGGUGGCGCUGUUAUUGACUCUAAAUCGGGCCAUCUAAUAGGCAUAAUGGCCAGCAAUGGCCGAUCACACCGGUCGGGAGAAAUUAUCUCUGAUAUGGCAUUUGUCAUUCCGAGCAAUAUUAUCAACUAUGGCUGGUCAUUGCUGAAAGCAUCCAAAACAGUGCAAGCAUCUUCUAGAGUGCAACAGCUUUGGAAACUUCAGCCUACGCAUCGGUCGAUUUAUAAGCGUAAAUCGAAAUUAUAG